AUGCCAGACAGUUUGGAUCUCAAGGUCGAUAACGUUGAACCGUUUGUGCCUAUGAUUUUGAUGGAUACCUGUCUAAUGGAAGGCUGGUCUCCAGCAUCUCUCUCAGCUCGCGCGAACAGACGAAGACAGUCAUCGACGAACACACAAAUUCUGGGCCUCCUCAAACUGAUUUUUAUCUCCCCUCUGGGCUCGUUUCCUCGUUUGGUCAAUAACAACCUCGACAGCAAAAUCAGUGACAGCGAAACAGCGCAGUCACCAUCAACCAGUUUACGCGAUCGGUACAGUUUUCCUCCUCGAUUCCGGAUUCCAUUCGCGUAUUUUUACGGGAAAACAAAAAUUUCCCUCGUCAUCUGGCACGUGAACAAGAUGAAGCUCUUCUGGUUCUGCUGCUUCGUCUUUACGUUAUUAAACGAACCUAUCGAUGGAGGAAUUCUACGUGAAAAACUUAGAGAACCUGAAGGACCACCUGUACCACACAGUCAGAGCUUGAAGAGAACGUCAGAACCGCGGCCACCUUCGACGAUAGGCAUCCAGCUGAAAGCGCCUGCUCCGCCGCCACCCGGAGAGGGACCGCAACCACCAGCUCCGCCAGAUCCGCAUUUAUUGGAAUUAUUUGAAAAAAGCCCAGAGAAUUUUCCCGCCGCUUACGCUCAAUGGCAACAGCAACAAGAACAACAGGAUGGAAGAGACGGACGGGCUAUGAAACAAAGGACGAUUACCUACGAUCAAUUUGUAACAGCCGCUGUUGUGAUCGGUUUGGAUCUUCAGCGCUCAAUCUACAGCAUGUUCGCACCAUCCGACGCUUACCUAAACAGUCUCAACAUUUCGCUAUCAGCAACAGCUCUCAGAGACCCUGAAUGUAUCCGGCAAAUCGUGCGAUCUCACACUGUCCUCGGCCGAUUGAUGCUCUCCGACAGGAUGGAAGAUGUGGCCAUGUCACUCGAGGACUCGCCAGUGUUCAUCUGCGCCAAAGAAGCCAACGGAGUGGAAGUGUUGCGAGCCAACAUUGAGACCGAUUACGGAGUCGUGCAUAUCAUCGACGGGCUGAUGGAUCGUCCGCACUUGAUGGAUUCUUGCCCCACUCUCAAGCAACGGCUGUCGUCCGGUGAAGGCCAGCAUGUCGAGAAUAUUAAAUCCAAUCAUAGUAUUAGCCUUCGAAGAGUUUCGGAAGAAGAUCUCCUGGCAAGUUUCGAGUACGACCCAUCGAUCCGAACCAACGAAAUUGACCAAAACACUUUCGACACCGAUGUUGUGGUUGUGCCGUUCAUCGAGGAGUCGGACCAAUCGCUAACCGAAGCCAACAUUCCACUCGAGUUGUUAGUCAACAUCGACAACUUUGCGCACGCUGUGAAGCUGACGUGGCAAACCGAGGACAAUGUAAUAGCCAUUCUGCAGAGUUUGGGAGCGUCGACAUUUCUAGCGCUGCUUGAACGCAGCCAUUUGAUGGACACUCUUACUCGCCAAGGCCCGUGGACGGUGUUUGCACCUGAUAACCAGGCGUGGCAGGCCCUACCUAAGGAGAUCUUCGACCAUAUCAUCGACGACCCGGUUCUACUGAGGCAAAUCCUUUCGUACCACAUCGUCCAGGCUAACGCGACCCGACGUCAGUUGAUCAACGACGAGAAACUGCCAUCCCUGUACGAAAAUCGUCCUAUUCACAUCAAUUUUUACACGGACGGAUGGGCCAGCUGGUACACCGCAUCUGGCAGCCAAAUUUCUAAUUUGGAUGAACUGGCGUCUAACGGGGUGGUCCAUGUCGUUCGUUCCGUACUUCUUCCACCUUUGGGAGAUUUUUAUUCGGUUGUCAAAUGGACACCUGCCUUACAAACUGCCUUUUCCAUGCUGCAAAGUGUAGCAGAUCCAGCUUUUACGAACAAAUCUGUAUCGUUGACUGCAUUCCUACCAGCUGAUGGCCCAGUGCUGGACGCAUUACUUGUCGGUUCGAGUCCGUCUAAAUUGACAGAAAUAUUGAGGCGCCAUGUCGUUCGAGGUACAUGGUUCGUGUCUGGAUUGAUCGAUGGCGAUCACCUGUUCACCUUCGACGGCCAAGUCUUGACAGUCCGCCGCGACGCGAAUUGCGUAGGAAUCAGUCAUUCAGGAAUCAACACGCCGUGUAUUGCCGUGCGUGAUAUCACCUUGACCAAUGGCGUUCUCCAUGUCAUCGAUAAUCUUGUACUAAACUGAUCGAUAGCGUGAUCGCCUUUCCGAUAGUAGGCCACGUUAACUACCGUGGCACGCUGCCAUCUUGCGCUUGUCCGUGUCGCUCAUGCAGGUUUUUCGACACGAUACGUUUGAAUAAAUUGAUUAUUAUUUGUCCAA